AUGACACAACAAGACGCGUCUGCUUCGACUCUCGAGUCCAAAGAAGCUUCGGUCGAUGGUAAGGAUGCGACCACGAAAGAAAGCCCUCCGCAGUUCAAGCGGGGGCCGAGGUUCUGGAUCAUCUUGUUUGUCCUCGCACUCGUCAGCCUCCUCACAUCUUUGGAAACCACCGUCACCUCGACGAUCCUGCCAUCCAUCGUUGCCGAUUUGAACGGAGGCGAGAAUUACAUAUGGAUUGCUAACGCCACCUUCUUGACCAUGACUGCUCUUCUGCCCCUGUUUGGCCAGCUCGCAAACGUGUUUGGCCGCAAGUGGCCCCUGGUCUUUUCCGCGGCAGCCUUCAUGGUCGGGAGCGGUUUAUGUGGCGGAGCUUCCAACAUAGCCAUGAUGAUCAGCGGCCGAGCGAUUCAGGGGAUUGGAGCCUCGGGCAUCGGCGUCCUCUGCGAGAUCAUCAUCUGCGACCUGGUGCCACUGCGCGAGAGGGGCACCUACAUGGGCAUCGUGUUUGGCAUGGUCGCUUUGGGAGCCGCCCUCGGCCCUCUCUUUGGCGGACUCCUCGUCAGCUAUAGCACCUGGCGCUGGUGUUUCUACAUGGCUCUGCCCAUUGGCGGCGUCGCGUUAGUGCUGCUCGUUGCCUUCUUGAAUGUCAAGUAUAACAAGUCUCAGACGCUGGCCACCAAGCUAUCGAGCCUCGACUGGCUGGGCAACGUCUUUUUCAUCGGCGGCGUCAUCCCUGUGCUGAUCGCCCUCAGCUGGGCGGGUAGCCUCCACCCGUGGUCUUCCUACCAGGUCCUCGUUCCGCUGAUCGUCGGUCUCGCCGCGCUGGGAGCCUUCGUGUGGAUUGAAGGCAAUCCCCGCCUCGUGCCAAAUCCCAUGAUACCCACCUACCUCUUUCAACAUUCCAUCACCCUGAUCGUCUUCAUCCUCACCUUUCUCCACGGCAUCGUUACCCUGUGGGCCACAUACUUUCUCCCGGUCUACUUCCAGGGCGUUCUCGGCGAGAGCGCCUACCGCUCCGGCAUCAUGCUGCUUCCGACGAUCCUCGCACUCCUCCCAGCCGCCGGGAUGGGCGGCGUGCUGCUUACCAAGUUCGGCCGCUACAAGCCCAUCCUCAUGGUCGCCUUUGCCGUGAUCGCUGUCGGCUUUGGCCUCUUCUCGAUGCUGGACGAGAACUCGAGCACGGGCGCCUGGGUGGGCUUCCAGGUGGUCGAGUCCUUCGGCGCGGGCUUCGGCAUGGCGGCCAUGCUCCCGGCGCUGCUGGCCCCGCUGACGGACAAGGACACGGCAGUGGCGACGAGCGUGUGGGCCUUUUUCCGCACCUUCGGCGUCAUGUGGGGCGUCGCUGUCGGCGGCGCCGUCUACACCAACCGGUCCGCGAAGCUGGCCGCCGCGGGCGCCAUCAGCAGCAACGCAACCGUGGCCGCUCACUUCAUCGCCGGCGGGGCGUAUGCGUCCGCCGAAGCCCGCUUUCUCAACUCGCUCUCGGCACAGACGCGCGCCGAGGUGAUCGCCGUGCAAAGCAGUGCACUCCAGCGGUCCUGGCAGGUUGCCAUUGGCUUCGGCGCGCUGGGCCUCAUCGCUGCUGCUUUGAUGAAGGAGAUACCGCUCAGGAAGGAAAACAACACCGAAUUUGGCAUGGUGGAGAAGGAGGAGGAGGAGGACAAGCCGACCGAGGAGGAGGCUAGGAGCACAACUGUUGGGUGA